GAGAUUGUUUUCGAUCCGGAUGGAAUAAUCAGUAGCAAUCAUAAACUUGCGGUCAUUUAAAACUAGCUCAAUAAAUUGGCUGGUUAGCCAGGCUGCUACUACCCAGUUCACAUGGAUGGUAGACUAACAGUUAGCUAGCUAAGUUAGACUGCUCGUUUGACCCAACUGUUUUUCCUUUUUUUAAAGCUAGUAUAUCUAUCGCGCUAGCCACGUGAAUUAUGAUGUUUUGUUAAUGAAUUGCCACAGGGAUGAAGAAAGGGAGCUGGCGGGACAGGGAUCGUGACCGCAAACGGUACAAUCGCCGCCCAGAAUGGCAGAGGGACCACUCCGGUGACAGAGCACAGGAACAAAGAUAUGAAGGUGGUGGUGCUGGCCCGUCGCACAGGACCCAGGUGCACACCGGUGACACCAGCAACUCAUUACCUCGGACUCCAGCUGCUGCCCCAGAAUUGCCAGGCUUCUACUUCGACCCGGAGAAGAACCGCUAUUUUCGGCUAUUGCCGGGACACAACAACUGCAACCCGCUCACCCGAGAGGGGUUGCAGAGGAAGGAGCAAGAGGGCCAGCGGGUCCGGCUGCUUGAGGAGGAUGAACGGCCCAGAAAGAAGUCCUUGAGAGCUGGUCUAAACUCAACCCUGCUCCUACAAAAGAGACACAUGGGACUCCUGCCUGAGAGAUCGUACUGCAGGCUGAUCCAUGAACUGAAGGUGAGCAGCAUGAGGCGACACAAACUGGAGGUGCAGAGCUCCGACUCGAGCAGCCCCAACACCGACAACUUCCGCCUCAUCGUGGCGGACUCUGCUUGCGAGCGGGUGUUCACAGUGAACGACGUGGAGCACGGUGGCUGCAAGUACGGCAUCAUGAACUUCCGUGGGUGCAGCAAAGGCUCGCUAUCCGUGGAGAUGUGCGAUAACCUGUACUUCACCAACCGCAAGGUGAACUCCAUCUGCUGGGCCUCGGUGACGCACUCUGACUCCCACGUUCUAUUGUGUCUAGUGGGCAUCGCCGAGACGCCCGGCUGUGUCAGCUUGCUACCUGCAUCCCUAUUCAGCAACUCAAACCCAGACCAGCCGGGGAUGCUGUGCAGCUUUAAGAUUUCCACUGCCUGGUCCUGUGCCUGGUGCCUGAACCCACAGGCCGAUAAGAACUUCAGCACGGGGCUGUCACGGCGCGUGAUUGUGACGGACGCGGUGACGGGGCGGAGACAGACGUACGGGAUCAGCAGCGACGUGCUGGCACAGCAGUUCGCACUGCAGGCACCGGUGCUGUACAAUGGCUGCCGCUCGGGGGAGAUCUUCAGCAUCGACUUGCGGCAGAGGGCUCGGCGCGGCUCGGGCUGGAAGGGCUGCCGGUUCUACCAGGACUCGGCCAUCACCUCCGUCCGCAUCCUGGAGGACGAGAACUACCUCCUCGCUGCCGACAUGCUGGGAAAGAUUAAGCUGUGGGACCUGAGGGUGACCAGGGCAGUGCAGCACUACGAGGGUCACCACAACGAGCACGCCUACCUGCCGCUGCACGUCAACCAACCGGAGGGGCUGCUGCUGGCCGUGGGUCAGGACUGCUACACCCGGAUGUGGAGUUUGGGUGACGGGCGUCUGCUGCGCACCAUCCCCUCACCCCACCCGGCAGGGAAAGACUCAGUGCCCAGCGUGGUGUUCUCCUCCCAGCUUGGCGGCUGCAGGGGGCUGCCAGGUCUGCUCAUGGCCGUCCGCCACGACCUCUACUACUUCCCCUACAACUGUGACUACCAGGACGGGGCCGGGGCCUCCGCUGGGCUCUAAGGCGGGGCUGACGGCUUCCUGCUUCGCUCGCUGAGAUGGGAGCUAUCCGGCCUGUUCACACAGUGCAGGCAAACGGCUGCCAAUGUUUCACAGGAAAACCAAGGGAGACAGUCAUGCGGUGCAAGAUGGGGGAGGAGCAGUUUUGCAGGGAAAGAGGUGUGGGGUUAUGCAGAGAUUAGUGAAGGAGAGUGACCUGAGAAAAGAUGGAGAAAGGCAGAGCCACCAAGAGAUUAGAAAUCCACUGGAGGCUUUACCCAGAAUUCCAUCCAUGUGCUUGAGCCCUCUUCGCUGCAUUUGCACUGACCACAAUGAACUUUUAACAAAGACCAUUUUUAAUAACCACCUCAGAAAGUGCAAUUUUGAACUAAAUGAUGGGUUUGUUUUAUGUGGGGGAGGGGGGGAAAGGUUAACCAUUUGCAGAUUUUUUUUAACAAUACAGAUUUAAAAAAUGGAAAAGAAUGUUAAGCAAUGGUUUGUAAAAAUGCAUUUUAUCAAUGAAAGUGUGUAUGUGCAUCUUUUUGAAAGGAUGUAAAAAGGAUAAUAAACACUUUUGCAAAGUU